UUCGGGCCUCCUGCGAACCUCAGCUCACGUCGAGACGUGCUCGCCGAGGGUAGACCAGACUGACCAACAUUCCCCGUUUGUCCUGCCAGUGGCCAUACAGCCUUCACUGAAGACCAAACCGAUUAACUUGGAUGACACUUGUUAUCCACACUGAAAUGCGACAGUAGCCUCAGUCACAGCUGUAAUUAUACCGUGUGUGCAAGUCAUACGUUGUCCCUGGACGAAGGGGGUCAUAUAUGGACUAACAGGGUCAUAUUAAAUCACAAGGCACCUGCUUGGAGAUGUAGUCUGAGGCAACACCCUGGUUAAUCACUACGUGCUUCACCUGGCGCCCCUGUGCUCUGCCCACACUUACGUAAUGUGGCCCACACAGAAAUGAGUGUAACACCUAACCCAGUCCGGAGAAAUCAUACACCAUGGUUUAGGGAGCAUGGUUUAGGGUGGAGAAAAAUCCAAAAUACGUCACUUGAAGAUGAGACAUUAACGACUGACCUUUAUGGUCCUGAUGUGUCAUGGGAUGAACGCAGAGCUCAACAAAGCAGCCAUCGCAGGGUUUUAAAGCCAGGCGUGCAGGACAAUACGGGCUGGAGUAGCUUAGGACAUGUUAUCUGAAGAUGUCUAUUUCAGUUCCCUACCGUAGCACUGGUGAGGUCAAUACUUAACCUGAGCUGCUCUAGCAAAACAUCCAGCCGUAUGAAUUCAUAAAAAAUGCAUGUCUCUUUGUAGAAAAGGGUAAGUUGAACAAAUGAAGAUGAAGUGCUUUAAAUCAUUCUUUUUUGCAUUCAGGGAAUAACGUAUAGGUCCUCUGCAGGGGUGAAACUUUAUUAAUAAUUUAGUAAUACAUUUUUGCUACUACCCAGCUGGGCUAGUUUAGUCAAAAAUGUAGUCUGACAUGUAGUCUGACAUGUAGUCUGACAUGUAGUCUGACAUGUAGUCUGAAAUUACUUGAACAGGAUAGCGGCUGAGCUUAGUCUCCAGCACAAGUCCAUUGCAUCCUUAACAUUACUUAUUUUCAUAAUAAAUAGUUAUGAUAUCAUAAUAAAAAACCUAUCAUAAUAAAAAUAUUUUUCUGUGAGUUUCUGUUUACUGUCCCUUUGAAGUUUGUAAUGUUUCACCAAAUAUUAGCCUGCCAGUGACCUGUCAGAAAAUUUUCAAUCACUUAAGAAUGUUUUCCUUCUCAUUAAGACGGGAGCCCCAAGGGGUGCCAAUAUCUGAGAAUUACUACAUUUUCUGAAACACCAUACUUCAGUCCAUCACCAUGUUCGAUGAAAAGAUGGGGUGACAGGUAUGAAGCAAGACUGUUGAAAGUGGAGACGUGGUGUCAGAAGUGAGACACCGGAAGAGAUCCCACUGGCGCUGCUGAAGUGGCUGCUAUACAAGAUCAUCCGGCAAGCCUGCUCCAGCUUGGUGAACCUCAAGGCAGCUGAGAAGAGACAGCAUGUGAGGAGGAUGACUAGGGAUGGGAAACUUGUCUGCUGGUGCUGCAGGAGAGAAGGGCACCGGGCACGCCACUGCCCGUAAGCCCGCACCAGAGCCGGCGGCAGACGAGCAGGAGAUGCUGGAGCAAGAAAGGCACCAUCGAGGGAGGAUAGCGAGCUCUUCUGCGGACUCUGGCCGCUCACCGGCUAUCGGCUCACCGGCUAUCGGCUCACCGGCUAUCGGCUCCCCAGCGUGCUCCCUGCUCAUCAGCCGCAAGGAGCCGCAACGAGACCCCAGCUAUGAGCACAACCAGCAGAGGCAGCAGGUAGAGACUGCUCUGCAUGAGCGUGAGGAGGCGUGGCGCAGCUGGGAGGCUCAAUUAGCCCAGGAACACAGUGAGCUUGACGAUCUGUGGGAGCCGACCAGCAGGACCAGCAGCAGCUGCAGGAAUCUGCAGAGCAGGAGCGGCUGUGCGGCAAGCCGGCCACCUGGGAGCAGGAGCAUGACAGCCAGGUGUUUGGCCAAGGCAGUGGAGGGGUCAUUACAGGGCAGUGGGAUGGCAUUGUUGGCGACACCGGGAGAAGGCAUGCCACGACUUGGAAGCCCAGCUGGCCCAGAAGAGUUGCGAGCUGCAGGAGGUGGAGGCCACGGUGCGGGACCACGAAGAGGUGUGCGUCACUCUGGAGGCCCAACUGGGGAAGGACCCUCUACCAGCGAUGGGAGGAGAAGGGCAGCUCGGCAUGGCUGUGAGAGGUUACCUAAGUCGCGGUGUAGGAGCAGCUGUGCAGGACCACUGACCCUGUAGGCAGGAGGUCCUGUGGCAGGACUAGCCUGCCGCACAAU